ACUUUUCAGAAAGCUAGCGAACAAUGCGCAUCGUCUGAAUCGUGAAAUAUUUUUUUUAUAUUUUUUAUACUUAGCUAAUAAGUUAAUAUCAAGAAUCAGCAAUCUGAUUCUUUUUGGAUGAUUGUUUUGGGAUAAAUUCACAAGUAUUUUCUAAAGUUUUAAUCGAUAAAUUUACAAGAUGAGGGAAAUUAUCCACUUGCAAGUUGGGUCCUGCGGGAACAUGAUCGGAUCCAAGUUCUGGGAGGUGAUAUCGGACGAGCACGGCAUCGACCCGUGCGGCUGCUACCACGGCGACUCGGACCUGCAGCUGGAGCGCAUCAACGUGUACUUCAACGAGGCGUCGGGCGGCAAGUACGUGCCGCGCGCCGUGCUCAUCGACCUGAAGCCCACCACGCUGGACGCCGUGCGCUCCGGCCCCUUCGGCUGCAUCUACCGCCCCGACAACUACGUGUACGGGGCCAACUGCGCCGCCAACAACUGGGCGCGCGGCCACUACACCGAGGGCGUCGAGAUCAUCGAGUCCUGCCUCGACGUGAUCCGCCGCGAGGCCGAGGGCUGCGACUGCCUCCAGGGUUUCCAGCUCACGCACUCGCUCGGCGGCGGCACCGGCUCCGGGCUCGGCUCGCUGCUGCUCAACCGCGUGCGCGAGGAGUACCCGGACCGCAUCAUCUCCUCCUUCUCCGUGUUCCCCUCCCCCCGCGUGUCCGACUGCGUCGUGGAGCCCUACAACUGCGUGCUGUCCGUGAACCAGCUGGUGGAGUGCACGGACCACACGUUCUGUCUGGACAACGAGGCGCUGUACGACAUCUGCUUCCGCACGCUGAAGCUGACGACGCCGACGCACGGCGACCUGAACCACCUGAUUUCUGCCACCAUGUCGGGCGUGACGACGUGCCUGCGCUUCCCGGGGCAGCUGAACGCGGACCUGCGCAAGCUGGCCGUCAACAUGGUGCCGUUCCCGCGCCUGCACUUCUACGUGCCUGGGUUCGCGCCGCUGACGUCACGAGGCAGCCAGCAGUACCGCGCGCUGACUGUGCCCGAGCUGACGCUGCAAAUGUUUGAUGCGAAGAACAUGAUGGUGGCGUGCGACCCGCGGCACGGCCGCUACCUGACCGUGGCCACGAUCUUCCGCGGCCGCAUGAGCAUGAAGGAAGUGGACGAGCAGCUGCUGAAUGUGCAGAACAAGAACAGCACGUACUUCGUGGAGUGGAUCCCCAACAACGUGAAGGUGGCGGUGUGCGACAUCCCGCCGCGGGGGCUCAAGCUGUCUUCAACCUUCAUGGGCAACACGACAGCCAUCCAAGUCAUCUUCAAGCGAGUAGCGGAGCAGUUCACUGCUAUGUUCAGGCGGAAAGCGUUCCUCCACUGGUACACUGGUGAAGGCAUGGACGAGCUGGAGUUCACGGAGGCGGAGUCCAACAUGCACGACCUGGUGGCGGAGUACCAGCAGUACCAGGACGCCGCGGCGGACGACGAGGGCGAGUUCGAGGAGGAGGGCGAGGAGUUGGAGUAGCAAUUACUUCUCUUUGGUAGUUUAGUUGUGAUUGUCCAUGUGUUUGUCCUGAAUAAAACUAUUUCUACCAUA